AUGACUACUUCUGGGCAUGGAACAAAGAGGAUGCUCUCCCGGGGCCCCGCGCUGCUCCUGGCGCCGCUGCUGCUCCUGUGCCGAGUGGUGGAGAGCCGAGGAGGGAUCAUGGACAGCAUACAGAGAUUUUCAAACCUCCCAACGUACCUCCCUGCAAACUAUCAGAUCUGCAAUGCUGAUACUUUCUUCUUCCUCAAAGAAGCCAACCAGGAUAUCAUGAGGAACUCCAGCUUGCAGUCUAGGGUGGAUUCAUUCUUUAUAUACAAAACCAGACUGCCACCUGUCCUAAAUGCCACGUAUGGACCCUUUUCUGUUGAACAGGCUGUUCCCUUGGACCUCAUGCUGACUUCUGCAUCUUUUGGUUUCUCAAACCAAUUCACUUUUAAUUGGAAAUUAAAAUCUCACAUAAUCAACAGCUCAAUCUAUUCCAACAAACCUAAAAUACAAACCUUGUUCUAUAUUGUGGGGAAGGACUGGGAUGACUACGAUUCUGAGGAGAUGUUGCCUUGUGUGAAGAUGUUUGCUAUCCUGGAGUCUAGAGAAGUUGUGGCCAGCUGUAGGUUGACAGGUCAUCUGGGAUUAUGUGUUGCAGAGCUGGAAUUAUCUCCUACCUGGUUCAGCUCCCCUCCACCCUUGGUUUCAGAGGAAACAGCCUCCCUGGAAGGGAUUACUGUGGAGCUCUUCUAUAAGAUUUAUACAGCAGAUGGGGAGUGUUCUCCAGAGGAUGAAAAAUGGGAAAACAAUAUCCAUACAGGUCAAGAUAAUGAACAGAAGGCUUUGUCAGCUAUGGAGAGGAUUGGUAGCAUUGUUGUUUACCCAAAUCAAGAUGAAUUAAAACAGUCUUCACUGAGGCUGGAUGAAAAUAUCGUUAUUCGCUUACCACUCAACCCGGUCAGAGAAGGUGAUGUUGUGACCUUUCAUGUUGCCCUGGCUGAGGACUCUCUAGCAGACCAGUUUGUAUUAAGAAUUAGGACAGCCCCCGGUGUGAAGAUCCUGGACAUCAGAGUCAGUGAUGCUGACCAGUGGGGGGUUCAGGAAGAAACAGACAGUGCGAGGACCACUGCCACGGUGACAUGUGUGCACAACGACCCGAGUGCAGAGAGCAGAGUAAACAUGUCCUCCUUCGAGAUCCUGGAGAUGGACUUCGAGAUAGACAACACCAGCAGCCUGGCAGGGGCCCAGCAAAUCACCUGGCAGGUGGAAUACCCUCGAGAUGACUCCUUGAGUGAACUGGUGGUCUCUGAGAUCUUCGUCAGCCGGACGAUGUUCGUGGGGAUCGUCCCUCUUGCCAUGGACACGGAGGUCCUCAACACGGCCAUUCUGACAGGCAAAACGGUGUCUGUACCAGUCAAGGUGGUUGCUGUGCAGGAGGAUGGGUCCGUGGUCGAUGUUUCAAACUUCACUGAGUGCAGGUCAGCUGAUGAAGACGUCAUAAAGGUUUCUGACAGCUGUGACUCCAUCUUCGUUAAUGGCAAGGAAAUGAAAAGUAAAGUGGAUACUAUUGUUAACUUCACUUACCAGCAUUUUACCACCCAAUUAGAAGUGACUGUCUGGGUUCCCAGGCUCCCGCUGCAGAUCGAGAUCUCUGAUACAGAGCUCAGCCAGAUCAAAGGCUGGAGGAUACCCGUCACCUCCAAUAAAAGGCCUACCCGUGACAGUGAGGAUGAAGAGGAUGAUGAGAAAAAAGGGAAAGGUUGUACCCUCCAGUAUCAGCAUGCCAUGGUGCGAGUCCUCACGCAGUUUGUAGCUGAAUCCUCUGAGUUUGGAGGCCACCUGACCUAUAUGCUGGGCUCUGAGUGGCAGUUUGACAUCACUGACCUUGUGGCUGAGUUCAUGAAGGUGGAAGAACCCAGGAUUGCUAAGCUUCAAGAUGGCCGAGUUCUGGUUGGUCGUGAGCAUGGCAUCACCACGGUUCAGGUUCUGUCACCCCUUUCUGAUUCCAUCCUGGCAGAGAAGACAGUGAUCGUUCUAGAUGACCGUGUAACCAUUACAGAUCUAGGCGUACAACUAGUCUCAGGCUUGUCCAUCUCCUUACAAAUCAGCAAAGGAAGCAAGAGAGCUAUCAUUUCUACCACCUCUGCAUAUGAUAUUCUUCAUACUCCAAAACAGGAAGCCAUAGUCAGUGUGUGGAUUCUGUUUAGCGAUGGCUCAGUGACACCUUUAGAUAUCUAUGACUCCAAGGACUUCUCGAUCACCGUCACCUCACUGGAUGAGAUGGUAGUGUCCACACACCAAAACCUGCAGUCCAGAUGGCCUGUGGUGGUGGCAGAAGGGGAUGGGCAAGGACCUCUGAUUAAAAUUGAAAUGAUCAUCAGUGAGCCAUGCCAGAAGACAAAGCGGAAGAGCAUUCUGGCUGUUGGGAAAGGAAAUGUCAAAGUGAAGUUUGGGCAAAAAGAUUCUGACCAAAAAGGAAGCACUAAUGACAUUGAUGAGACAGAUAGAGAUUUUAAAAGCCAUGCAAUCAAUUCUAUUGAGAAACCUGCUGAACAAGACAGGACAGUACAAGAGUGGUUCAAAAACCAUGAGGACAUGUCCAGUCAUGAGGACAAUGCAAACAAAAGCACAACUUUCAUGUAUCCCAUUGAUCAGGAGUCCCUGGAGGAUGGUCAGCUCCAAAAUAACCCAACCGCCUUCACAGGUUUCCCUGUGCAGGUAGAAAUACCAGGAGAAAACAAUCCCAGUGAUCUCACAUUGACUUCAAGAGGAUUAACAGAUCUGGAGAUUGGCAUGUAUGCUCUGCUGUGUGUUUUCUGCUUAGCAAUCUUGGUCUUCUUGAUCAACUGUGUGGCAUUUGCUUGGAAGUACAGGCAUAAAAGGUUUGCUGUGAGUGAGCAAGGCAAUAUCCCCCAUUCCCAUGAUUGGGUCUGGCUUGGAAAUGAGGUUGAACUGCUGGAAAACACAGUUGACAUUUCGCUCCCAUCAGAGGAGUGCACUACCAUGAUUGACAGAGGAAUGCAGUUUGAAGAAAGCAACUUUCUCCUUAAUGGGAGCUCUCAGAAGACUCUUCAUAAUCAUAUCCUCAGAUCUUCUGAGUACCUUUGUGAAAAAGAAGUUAAAAGUGAACCUAUAAAUCCUUCUGGGCCAAAGCAGAAGCGAGUAAAGUUCACUUCAUAUACAACGAUACUGCCAGAGGAUGGAGGCCCCUACACCAAUUCAAUUCUAUUUGACAGUGAUGAUAAUAUUAAAUGGGUAUGCCAAGAUAUGAAUCUUGGUGAUUCCAAGGAACUUAGGGACUAUAUGGAAAGACUGCAAGACAAUAUGUAAAACUACUUUCUUAUGUUUGUAAUCACCUUUAUGCCUUCUGUUUAUGGAUGGUGGAGCAGUCAGUCCAGUCAGCAAUAGGAACAAGACAGCCCAACUUUGGAGUUACUGAGAUGAUAAUCUGAUAUCACUGAGCAGGUACAAGAGGCUGGCUGAGUUAAACCUGUUUCACCACAAACCAGGAUGUGCCCCUAAAACAGCUACCUGUAGGUGUUGGAGGUGUCACACACUAUGGCUGUUUUUGUAUACUGCCUGGUACUAGCAAAAUGCUAAUACAACUACGCUCAGACUCAGAGGAGACUUCAUUGUUUGUCAUCUCUCAUGAUAAAUGGUAAAUCAGAAAAGAAAGGGAUACUUGUUUGCAUUGAUUUUUCUAGCUGUCGUCCUUUGUAAAGCACAGUAGACAUUUCUUGCUUACAGCCUGAAACGAGGCUUACAUUAAAAGGGAUCUGAAUGAAUCUAAUGUUAUUGCCUAUGUGCAAUGCAGCCAAGUAGUCGUCUUAUUUUUUACAGAUAUAAACCCCCCAUGUGGUUAAUUUCUUUUCCUAAUGUUUAUGAAUAUUAUUUGACUUACUUAGGACACAUGAAAUAUUUUCUUUGGAGGUUUUUUUUGGUUGUACCAAAGUGUAGUACGGUAAUAUUUAUAAUGAUUUAAGUUUGCUGUUCAUCUGCAUCAGCCCCUAGAGAUACCUCUUUCAUCACCAGUUAUCUUUCUCCUUUUCUUAUGGGUACAUGGGUCGUUAGUAUUUGAAACAUAGAAAGGUAUUAGAACUCUUACUGGGAAAGGGUUGUAUCUUCUUACAGGGAAAUGUAAAUACAAUAAUAAACCCUGGAAAAUAAAAACCAAGGAGUAACACUGGGUUUACUUUUGUCAUUGCUAUUGUGAAAAAGUAACCUACAACAGAAGAGCCCAUACUUCAAGGGAAAAUGCUUUCCUGAAACAGCAGCAGGGUUGACAAUAAGCAGCAUCAUCAGAAUAAGAAAGUCACAUGUGGCAUUGAAAUGCAGAGAAUAGGAAGGAUAUUUCCUAGCAAGCAAAAGCUUGCAGUCAGUGUUGCUCUGCACCAAUUAGGACACCAGUUGUAGAGUUCAGCAGGAUAAAGAAGUCCAUGCUCAACAGUUAAUGUCCAGACCUAGUCUAAAACAUCUCUGACUGUAAGGACACUAAAAACUUUACACCACUUUACUUCAUUAAAGAAGGGAAGAAGGAAAGAAAAGACACGCUGGGCACAUUACAAAGUGACUGACUAUCCUCAAGUUUAAUAAGGGAAAUAUGCUGGAGAUUCAAAGCUCCAUUUCAUAUGCAUUACAUGUAUUUUUGUUCCUUAAGGAUGACUCAAAUAAGUUGAAAAUCACAGUUAAAAAAACUGAAUCUACAUAAUGCUCAACAAAAACAAUAAAGCACAUGUUCUUGUGAUGGAUCCUGUGCGAUAAACACAAGAUCCAAAUUACAACUGCCUUACAUAACUUAGUUCCCAUCUUUAGGUAGAUCGGGACAGGAUUUGAAUUCUAUAAUUCAGUUCUGCUAUUAGAACAGACCAGACCACCUUAACCAUGGGAAAUCCUGCACUUGCAGCCUAAUCCAUAACUGGGAACAGGUUUAAUGUAACUGCUGCAAAGUACAAGAAUUUUAAUGGUGAGUCUAGAAAGUGAGAACAUCAGGCUUAGCUAAGUGAUGAGAGACUUACGUUUGCUGGCACUGAAACUGCAUAGUGAGGGGAUGGCAUCUGUUAUAAUCUAAUUUUAAGCAGAGAAAAUAAUAGAGCACAGAGAUACUUCUGUUUCAUAAGGGAUGCAGCACGUGUGCAUCAAAUGAAGUCUUGGGUUGUUUAACAAAUGUUCCCUCCUCCUUAAAUGAUCCAGACCUCAUAAGGAAAUAUUAAUUCCUACGAUGAACCUUAUUACUAUCAACAUAAAAAUCCCUUCUUUGAGUUCAACAUCUCUUUCCAUCACAUUAUUUUGUAUGUGGCCCAACCAUAAAGCAGAGUAUUGUCUGCACAACAGUAAGUGAGUAUAAAUCAACCACAAAUAAGUUUAGUCUGGAAAUCAGAGGGAACAGCUUGCUGAUGGCAGUUGCAGAGGGCAAAACACAGAGCUAUUUUCCUGAGCGCAUACCAUCAGUUCACCAGUGGAACUGUGAUCUCACAGCGGUGUAUGGGUUCAGUACACCUGCAGAUGCUGACCUCUUCCUGUCAGUGCCUCAGAGGCACACAAUAAAUGGACACCUUUGUUGGUGUGCUGAGCUGCUCUUUGACUCAUUAACAGCUAAUGGAAACCAACCAUUUUAUUUACAUAGUCAGGAAAUUCUCAAGGACCAUGACUUGAAAGACUGAAGAUCAUCACUAAGUCAGAGUGCUCACCACUGUCACAUUGGUGUGUCCUUGAACUUGUACCUAAGGCCCAGCCCCUGCUUGUACCUACCAGUGGCUGUACAUUGAGGCUGCACACUUAAGUACCUGGAGGAAGGGCAGCCCUGUGUGCAGCAUGGACAUUGCUAGAAGCCACCAGACUCUGUCAACAAGGAGAAAACAAAACCCCUGCAACUGCAGCUCAAAUAGCCUUUCUUUUUUGGUUUGGUUUUUUACAUCACAUGUUGGGACAUGCAAGUUCUUACAUGGAAAAUGGCAAUACAAAAAUCAAAAGAAGCAAGAAUUCUAUUCUUGGUAAUUACACCAGUAAAGCAGAGUUAUUCUGGACUCAUGCUGCUUUAAGAACUUUGCUACUUAUAAAAUUGAAAAUGAUUUAGAUGAACAAAUUCAAUACAAACCAUGGUUCUGAGCUGAUCAGUCCUUUCAAAAUUAAACAGCUUUAAUUUCAAAAUUGUGACAUACUUGAAGUAAAUUUAAUUUAAAAUUAUUUUAAAGGCCCUCACAAUUUUCUGAUUCACCUGAACUUUUUUCAAUUCCUCUUUUAAAAUCAAGUAUUCAUGGAAUAUAUAAUAUUUCUUUCUGCUGUUAAAUGAACAGCAUUUAUACAUUGAUAAAAGAAUCUGUGCUUUCGAGCGUGCAAAGCAAAGGCUGGCACAUAUGCUCAACAUGUGCCAUGUGUAUGUAUGUAUGCAGGAAACUAGGACUGUCUAAAAGAGCAAAUCCAAACUACACUGACAGAUUAAUUAGUAUCAUGCUUCAGUAGGUGCCCAGAGCAGCAACACCUCUAAUUCACUACUGAACAAACCCAGCAUGUCUUACUUACGGCAGGUCUAGAGAAGAUGCUGUGCGCCAGCUGUUGAGGAAGGACAGCGUGCACUAUCAGCGCACAGACCAGGAGACACCCAAGCAAAGACUGGAUUAAUGGAACACAGGGAGUUUGCAAACCUUAAAGCUGAUGCCAGACAUCACCUCUAGUAAUGAGAGUGAGUGAUUUAUGGCAGCUGCACAGUGGCAUAAGAACAGAGAAGCCAGUAAUUGUCACCUGUGCAGGUUUUCUUUCAGUUGGCCAUCACUCACAGCCCAGCUCCAUGUGACUUGUCUCUGCCUUCUUCCCCAGUCAAGCAAGAACUUACUUAGGAAACCAGGGCCCUGCUCUCCUCUUGACGUAGAACCAUACACAUUAAUGUUUUGAGCUGCUGUUUCUUAAUUCAUACUGGGGAAUGUACAAGAAAAUCUUACAGCCAUACAACACAGUACAAACAGUCCAUUAUUCAAUGGAACCCCUGUAUUUCAAGGUAGAGUACCCUAUGAAUGAAAUAACAGCUUUUUAUAGCAGAUAUACUCUUUUCUGAAAUAUAAAUCAUGUGCACUACAUUGAAAUACACUAUUGUGUAUUGUGAAAUGCAUACAUUAACUGCUGAAUCUAUAACACUGAAUAUGUAUAUACAUCACGCCCAAGGUAUUUAUACAAUAUAAUAAGUCUUAGAUGUAUAACAUAAUGAAUUCUGUUCAAAAUAAACUGUAAGUUAAGACAAUGAAAGAUAACUUUUAUAUCUGUGUAAUUUGUAUGCUGAUUAAGUUAUUCAAGCCUCAGUUUUAAUCUUUAAAUGUGCUCUUAAAAAUCCUUAUUUUCUAUAGGCAGAUGUCUGAAAUAAAGACUUCACUCUUCAGUAAAGAAGCAACUGAAAGUCUGUGAAAGAAACAGAUUCUGCUGGAGAAAUAAACAUCAUGUUCAUGGUUUUC